GGCCAGAGGUCUCCAUAAAAUCUAAACUUCAUGUUGCCCUGGACAACUAAUUACCUGGCAAGGAAUGAGUCCAAGAACUGUCCAACCAGUAUAAAGCAGCCAAAACUUCAUGUGAUAGCACCUGCACCAGUGUAAACAGCCUGUCAAUUCUUAUCCACUCUCCAUUUUACUUUGCAUUGAGGAGGCCCACCUGGGAAAAACAAAGCAAAUAGAAGUAACCUCUAUGGAAUGACAGCCAUAAAGGAGCCAUUGGCUGGAAAACAUGCUUUUCUUGACCUGUUUGUGAACAAUUUGGGCUCCAGUACAAGGAAGACUGUGGGCAUCUGCAGGAAACAGUCCUGGAAAUACACUGCACAAGUAUUUUAGAUUUUUCUGUUCAGUAAUAGUCAGCAUGCUAUUAUUCUAUCACAUGUUGGCUGUAGCUUCUCUUCAGAUCUUCAUCCUCUCAGGGAAUUGGGCUCUAGCCAAGAACAUCAACUUCUAUAAUGUGAGACCUCCACUAGACCCCACUCCAUUUCCAAACAGCUUUAAGUGUUUCACCUGUGCAAAUGCAGUUGACAAUUACAACUGUAACAGAUGGGCUGAAGAUAAAUGGUGUCCUGAAAAUACAGAGUACUGCUUGACAGUUCAUCGUUUCACAAGCCAUGGAAGGAGUACAUCUGUGACCAAAAAAUGUGCUACCAGGGAUGAAUGCCAUUUUGUUGGCUGUCACCCCCACAGAGAGACAGGCCAUACAGAAUGCGUUUCUUGCUGUGAAGGGAUGAUCUGCAAUGUAGAAAUACCAACCAAUCACACAAAUGCAGUGUUUUCAGUAAUGCACGCUCAGAGGAAAUCAGAUGGCAGCAGGAGGACAAUUAACAUUGCGGUGCUUGCAUCAGUCAUAACAAUUAUGUUGUUAUGAUGCAGUUUUCCAUGUGCCAAAUGUGAUUCAGAGGGAUUAACUUUAUGGGCUCUAACAUGAAGCUAUAAGAAGAAUGUUUCAGUUUGAAUAAAGUCACCGUUCCCCUUCAGAUUACAGAAGAUGGUAGAAAAACAUGGACAUGCACAUCAUGAAGUUUGUUGAUCAUUUAUUGAAAAUUCUUUUAAAGAGUCUGAAGUAUUUAAAAGAAAAAACUGGUGACCAGACAUUAUAAUAGACUUUAACCAGUUAUCUGAAUUCUUCAUUUGGUGGUGGAAGCGUGUAUACACUCUGCACAUUACUUGAACAAGGAAACUGAUUGUCUGUAGGCAGUCAAUUGAUCAGGUUUCUGAAACAUUAUCUUUUGGGCUGACAUUUUCCUUGCUUGAUUCUCCGCCUGAAGGUGAAUUCUUCAAUAAAAUUAAAGCAAAAUCUUUUGAAUGGUCUUCUGAACUAUGAAAGCAUGUAAGAAUACACUUUCUUAACUUCUUCCUCUUAACCUGCACACUCCCCCUCCUGGCCAGCCCUUCAGGCUGUAGGUGCUUCCUCAAAUUCUAUUCCGUGGAAUGAUUUGUGCAGUUGAAAAUGACAAUAUAAGGCUUAACAAGGCUUGUGGCCUUAGAUGUGUUUACUGUAAAUAGUUUAAGAAGAUCUAAAACUUUACAUUUGUUUAUUCUGCAAAUAAGAUUCCAAACUAUGCAACUUGGGAGCAGAGCUAGGAUCUUGAAGUACUGGCCAGAAGGUUGGCCAUGCUUAUGCUACUUUAAGAUAAUCUUAGCACUGCAAGAAAAUCUCCUGUGCAUGCGCAGGUAAGAAAUGCAAUUGACAAUAAUAAGAGGCAGUAUUUCUUCAUUGGAAGUCUGGUGCUUGUUAAAUCUGCACAUGUGCAGGCUGCUAAUGACAUUGAUAGGCUAGUUGGCCUUGGUUAAUUGGUGCCUGCUAGUUAUAAAACUGUUUUUUUCUUUUCAGAAACUCUAGAAAAUAAAUGCAAAAAAUGGUCAAUUCAACAUGAAGGUUGCACUGUUAAGUACUCAGAUCAGGACAUGAGAAAGUUAAGAUUGACUGUGCAUCAUUGUCUCUGCCUUUUUGCACACACAUACAGUAAUUCCUUGCUUAACGUUGUAGUUAUGUUCCUGAAAAAUGCUACCUUAAGUGAAACAAUG